GUGAUUUUUUGAUUCCAUCUCUGUGAACUGUAGACUGCCCUUAAAACAAAACCCAGAACUCGGAAUUUUGGACACAACUUAGAAUAUCCAGUUGUCUGGAACUAGAUUUUAUGAGCCCUUUUCAAUUAAAAGUCUGUAGAUUUACUGUGAUUUCUUACAGCGUGUUACCUAUGCAUGGGAAAAAAAUAUUCCUACUUAUGUCUUAGCCAGUGAUAAUUUUCCUCGCUACACAUUUAAAACUGGGCGAAUGUGAAUAAUCUUCAAAAAGAAACCAAGUACAUAUUUAGAAACUAUUCUGCCUAGAAUCUCCAAGCGCGUAUGCUGGUCAGCAUUUAUUGAAUGAUACCGAACUGCACAUUCUCCUGUGUUGUUUUCCCGCGAUAUUUGACGGUUGCGAUGCCGAAGAAGGUUCGUUUCGCCGUGGACGCAGAGAGGUGCGUGGUGAUGCAGAACUUCGCCGAGAGGGGGUGGAUCCAGGUGUCGCCCCAGGAGGACUGGAACAUCUACUGGGCUAGAACCCAAGGAUGCCGUGAUGUGUUUAGAGUCGACAAUCGUUUUCGCCUUCGAGAUGACCAGAUGGUCAAUCACUUCCCGAAUAGUGGCGAGAUAUCGAGGAAGGACCGUCUGGUCAGAAAUUGGAACAUCUACUGCCGAUCAUGGAAGAAAAAUAAGGGUUCCUUGCAAGACAUGGACUUCCUGCCCACGACCUAUAUCCUUCCCGGAGACUACAGCAUGCUCGUGGAGGCGGUGAAGAGAGAGACCGGCGCGAUGUGGAUCGUGAAGCCAGCCAGCUCGUCGCAAGGGGCCGGCAUCUUCCUCAUCAACAAGCUAGGGAUGCUGAGGCGACUCAGCUGGGAGAGCAAGCCAUCCUCGCACAGCAGCAUCCUGAGUGGCAGCUACGUCGUGUCCAAGUACAUCGACAACCCGCUGCUGAUCGGCGGCAAGAAGUUCGACCUGCGCAUGUACGUGUUGGUGACGUCGUUCAGGCCCCUGAAGGCCUACCUGCACAGGCAGGGCUUCUGCCGCUUCUGCACCGCCAAGUACACAACCAGCGUGCACGAGCUAGACAACAACUACAUCCACCUCACCAACGUCUCCAUCCAGAGUCAAGGGGGCGAGUACAACUGCAUGCAUGGCGGCAAGUUGAGUGUUGAGAACCUGAGGCUGUUCCUGGAGAGCACUCGUGGCAAGGAGGUCACAGAGAAGCUGUUCGCCAGCAUCUCGUGGCUCAUCAUGCACUCGCUCAAGGCUGUGGUGCCUGUAAUGGCCAACGAUCGCCACUGCUUCGAGUGCUACGGCUACGACAUCAUCAUCGACAACCGCCUCAAGCCCUGGCUCGUCGAGGUGAACUCAUCUCCUUCGCUCUUCUUCACCACCCAGAAGGACUACUUCUUGAAGCUGAAGAUAGUGGAUGAUGUGCUCUCCAUCGUGCUACCACCAGAUGGCUUCCCAAGCGCCAAGUGGGACAAGACUCCUUCGAGACGCGCGAUGGGCGACUUCGAUCUGCUACUGGACGAAGAGCUGGCUGCGUCGUGAAGCGUGACUCCAGUGCAGCGCGACGAACAACCGAGUGUGAUCCGCGUUCCGAAAUAAAUACCUACUGUCGUGGUGGACGCGCCAGCUGAAACACGAGGAGACGUUCCGAAAGCA